AUGGAUGAAGGUCAAAGAAGAAUCAUCUAUAGAAGAAGAAUCCCAGGAUUAACCAAUAAAGCUAGAGAGUUUGCUGUUUUAACCGGUACCACCGUCACCCUAACUAUCACUCAAGCCAAUAAUGUUGUUUCUGAGUUUAUUUAUGAUGGUGAAGGACAAGGAGCAGUUGAUCAACAACAACAACAACAACAACAACAGGAAAACCAAUUGAUUGAUCAUCAACUCCAGAAUGAAAUCAUUGCCGAUGAAGGUGAAGAAAUUCUUGAACAAGAUGAUCAUAAUGUUUUCAAUGAAGAAGAAUUUCAAAACCUUUUAGCAUUAUCAUUUUGGAAUGGAAAUAUAGUUUGA